AUGACUCGUGACCACUGGUGUGGUGACCUACAGGUGCAAGAUUUGUCUGGAAUCCGAGAUGUCAAACACAGACAUUUCCUGGAUAGUGUAAGACCAAUCAAACACACCGCCCAUGUUAAAACGAGACAGGACCAGGACAGACACCUGACAAAGAGGUCUACGUUCUUCACCAGUGGGGUGAAAGUAUGUCCUCAAGAGAACGUAAAGGCGGUCAUCUCCAGCCAUCGGGCCUACUACAAACUCAGAGUUUGCCAGGAGGCGAUAUGGGAAGCCUUCCGCAUCUUCCUGGAUAGGGUUCCUAACUCAGAUGAGUACAAGCAUUGGACUUAUGCCUGCCAGCAUGACUCUCUCUGUCUGGAUGAGGUGGCAAGAAACUUCAGCAGUACUCAGGAACACAUUGACAUGGUGGCCACAAGAGUUGCUGAACAGGAGAAGAUCCAGCAACAAAGGGUUGAGGUAUCAACAGCUGGAAGAACUGAGAUUGAGAAAUGCUCGAAAACUCCAUCAGAACAGUUUAUCAUUCCGACUGAAGCAAAGGAGAUAACAGACAUUCCUAACAUUGUACCAGAGGAGGCGAUUAUUGAGGAGCAGAUAGUGGAGUUCAGUGUCACCAUAGCAGACUCUGGCUACAGUGAACUUGUUCUGAGUGGCCCUGCAGCUCCCCAGUACCAUGACAUCACACAAGAUCUCCAUGAUACGAUGGUUCACGUUUUUGACAAACUUCCUGGUUUCAAAAAUCUUCGUGUUUUGGGAUUUCGGUUGGUUGAAUUUCGAUCUGAUGAUGUGUCAGUCCGCUAUGCUGUGGUGUUUGAGACUAAUGGAGAAGACCGUGAAGAAGAAUCUGUUUCCACUAUAGAACCAGGCACAAGAACAAGGACAGUUGUUUACACAAAUGGACACAAACUGAAAGAUAUGGUUUCCAAGGCCUUAAGCGUGGAGACGUCACUGCCUGUGGAAAUACAUACACUCAGUUUUGAACCUGAUCCCACUGUUUCUCUAAGAGAGGAGUUGGAAGCGACAACCUUGGUAACCUUGCCAGAGGAGGGUGUCGGGCACACUGAAGUUUUUUUCCCAACUGUUGCUGUCGGAGAGGACUAUCUUGAGGCUUUUACAGACAUGCCCGAGGAAUACAUCAUUGUCCCUUUCAGUGACUCAGUUAUUGUUCUUCCUGCUGAGGCUACCACUGCCUCAGCCCCAGAUACACCCCCCGCGGAUAUUAGUGAGGGUCGUCCCUCAGUAGAAGCAGUAGAGGAGACUGUAGUGGAUGCUAGAGAUGAGACAGUUGAUGAAGAGGCUACAGAUGAGACACUUGGCAUAGAGGAGCCUCCAGUGGAUGUUACAGGGGAGAUGAUUGAGGUAGAGGAAACUGUAGAUGCCACUGAGGAUACAAUUAACAUGAAGCCUGCAGAGGAUACCACAGAGGAGACACUUGAUAUAGAGGAGACUGUGGAUGCGACAGAAGAAGACUACCUUUGGGUUUGGCCACCAGUAGCAACAAUGGCGGCCAUUACGGAACAGCCUGCCACUGAGGAGACACUUGAUGUCGAGGAAACUGUGGCUGCGACAGAAGUCUACAUUUGGGUUUGGCCACCAGUUACAAGAACGUCUGUUAUGAAACAGCCUACCACAAAAUCGAUUACUCCCUUUCCUCCUGAGAAAGAUGUUGUAGAUGAGGAAACCAUCCCAACUGUUGAACCUGAGGAAGAUGAAGGACCCACAACUACUGAGGCGGCUUUAGAGGAGCAACUGGACAGAGAAAAUCAAAUUAUCACCACUACAGCAUCUCUAGACGUAGAACCUGCAUCCAUCGGAACAUUCACCACCGCUACAAAAUCACAAACCAUGCCUUCAUCGGAGGAUGACAUCAUCCAAGCAGAGCCUGAGGAAAUCCCCUCAGCAUCUUUUCCCCCAAUAGCCAAUGGACCUUCAGAAGGAGGGGACACCACCCGAGAACAGGAACCACCUGAGACGGCCGUGGAUAUGUCUACUGAUGACUCUGACAUGCAGGAAGACAUAGAAAAGGUAGAAACGGACGGUACAGAAGCAGCCGAUACGCUGGAUGAGUUUGGCGGAUUGGAAGGUCCAUUUGAGUCCACUGCAGCCCCCGGACUCAGACACAUGAGCACCCCUUUAAUGGCCACUAGUGAAAAGGACAAAGAGAUGGUAGUUUUCUUUAGUUUGCGAGUCACUAACAUGAUGUUUUCCGAGGACCUGUCCAACAAGAGCUCUCCUGAGUACAGGUCAUUGGAGAAUACUUUUCUUGAGCUGAUUCUCCCAUAUCUGCAAUCUAAUUUGACAGGAUUUAAGCAAUUGGAAAUCCUCAACUUCAGGAAUGGUAGUGUUGUGGUGAACAGCAAGAUGAAAUUAGACAAAGAUGUGCCACAUAACGUGACACAGGCCGUGCACUGUGUGCUCGAAGACUUCUGCAACACUGCGUCUAAACGACUAGACAUUGAGAUUGACAGUCGCUACCUGGACAUAGAACCUGCUGACCAAGCAACUCCCUGCAAGUUCUUGGCCUGCAAUGAGUUUUCCCAAUGUGUGGUAAACAGUUGGACCCAGGAGGCUGAGUGUUUGUGUGACCCUGGGUACAGCACUACGGAUGGCCUGCCCUGCCAGAGUAUUUGUAACCUGGAGCCACACUACUGCUUCAACGGGGGCCUUUGUGACAUCAUCCAGGGCCAUGGAGCCACCUGCAGAUGUCCUGUCGGGAAAUACUGGCACUAUCACGGAGUGCGCUGCAAUGAGCUCGUGUUGCUGCCUGUAGACCCAACCAUUUCCAUAGCCUUGCUGGUGGGAAGCCUUACCUUGGUUUGUGCCAUCAUAGGCAUCUUGGUAUUCAUAAACAAGAAAUGUAUCGGGACCCGAAAGACCGUGACUUUGGUAUCCCCAGACAGCGCGACACAACCAGACACGACAAGCUAGUCUCUGAAAUGGUAGAUUUACAUCCCCGUAUACCACACAACAAGUUGUGGCGACCACCAAAUGAAUACUGAACUUGUUGCCUGUUAAGGGCUUCAGAUAACGAAUGCUUUGAGGUAAUUGUUCUUUGAUGGCUCAUCUCUUGCCAGUCUACACACAGACUUUAAAAGCAACAUAAGUGUUGGUUGCUUUGAACUUGAGCUGUAUAUUCAUGUCAUGGCAGUGGACUCCUCUAGUACUGGAAUUACAUGGUGAAAUGUACCUAGGAUAGGAUGCAUAAUUUCAGACAGCUGUGUGGAUAUUAAAUGCUGGACUAGAGGGUUGUGUUAAACUGUACAAUAUAUAACCUAGCCAUUAAUAUGAAGGCUAGGAAUGUUUUUCAGAUACUGUAUAUCCUUCACAAAGGUUGUUUUCUUUCCUCACAAUGAGGAAUUUAUUUACACAUUGAUACACAUGGUGGUAUCAUGACCAUAGAUGAGAUGGUUGUUUCAAUGUUAUUCUAACUUGUGUUCAGUGUCCCAAAAAAGAAAAUGAAUGUGAACUUUGACUCCAGUCUUGUUUUGAAGCAAUACUCUUGUAUAUGAUUAUAGCCUAGUGUUGUGUAGGUGAAAAAUGUAGCAAUACAUCUGUGUGAAGAAAAAGUCAGUCCUAUACUACUGGUCAAUACAUUUCCACCAAUUACUUGUGUUUUGAAUACAGGAUCAAAACACACUUGGAGGAUGUGUAAAGAUUUUUUUUACACUUGAUAGUAAAAAAUAAAGUAUUUUCCU